AAAUGAACGGCGUCAUUUUUGAACUGAGUUGUGGGAAUCCUUCUUGAAUUGUGUAUACAAUAUAUACAUACAUAGGUGUAUAGGCAUAAAACUUUAUAUACACAGCUGAACAGGGGCUGUAUUCUUAUAUAGUUCUAUCCCUAUACACAUGUAUUAGAUAUCUGUGUAUUUAUAAAUACAGUCUGUAGGAUACUUUAAGUAAUCGGGCGUCUACUAUUUAUAUUUCUAAAACGAUGGAUUGGUCAGAUCUGGAACGUGGAGACAUUGUCCCAAUUGAUGAGGAGGUGUUUGACUUUGAUAUUGAAUCUGACAGUGAUGAAGAAAUAUUCUUUGGAGAUGUUGGGUUUACAGAGAAGUGUGUAGCACAUGAAAUAGAUAGCAUAUGCAAUGCUGAGCCCCUGCCUGAACUUACAUCUGAACAAUGGAAAGAGAUGGAGAAAGAAGCAUACAAAGUGGUUGCUGCAAUCCGUGAGAAUCAGGGGAACUGUAAUAGUCCCCUUACCAAGGUCCCUUCCAUUGAUACACCUAGUUUGUCACAGAGCACCGGGUUAAAACGAAAGCUGCAGUCCUUGAAUGAAAACUCAAUUAAACAAUCACCUCUUCUGGACAUUACAAACUACAGUAAUACAAGAUUGAAUAAAUCUUCAGUCUUGAUUUAUAGUAAUAGUAAAUUCGAUGAAAAUGUCUUGGAUUCUUCCAUUUUCAAAAUGAAUAGCUCAUGUGAUGAACAUCUAGGUUUAGUGAAACCGGUGUGUUUGAACUUUGAUGACGUAGAACCUUCUCCUAAAAAAAUCCGCUGCUUUAAUGCUUUCAUGUCACCCGGUAAGGAUGUUCCAUUGCUUAUAAAUGAAACCUGUGAGGGUCUGUAUAUGAAUAGUCCCACAGCCAAGGACACAGUUCCUUUUGAUUUUAAACUAAAUGAAGCUGACCUUGAAAAUUCUAUUAAAACAACCAGGCAUAAAUCUCGGCAUUUGAAUCAGGGAAGAUCUGUCAAUAAAAGAACUCCUGUUAAAGUAAAAGAACCACGUACUCCGGAGAGUUUUACAAAAAUGAGUUCCAGUACACCAGUUGAUGAAGUUAAACGCUCUCGCAACAGUAUCCUAAAUGUGUCGUUCACAGUGGACAGAGAUGAGAGCUUCUUGAAAAAGCUUGAAGAUUCAGAUUUACUGAAAAAUACAAAAACUUCUUUACCCAGACCGUUCAUUGUUGACAGUGAGAAACCACUGUUAAACAAGUCGUUCACUGUUGACUGUAAGAAACCACAACUAAAUGAGUCGUUUACUGUUAAAAACAUGACACCACCAUUAAAUAAGUCGUUUACUGUUAGAAACCAGAUGCCACGAUUAAAUGAGUCGUUUACUGUUAAAAACCAGACACUACCAUUAAAUGAGUCGUUUACUGUUAAAAACCAGACACUACCAUUAAAUGAGUCGUCUGCUGUUAAAAACCAGACACCACCAUUAAAUGAGUCGUUUACUGUUAAAAACCAGACACUACCAUUAAAUGAGUCGUUUACUGUUAAAAACCAGACACUACCAUUAAAUGAGUCGUUUACUGUUAAAAACCAGACACUACCAUUAAAUGAGUCGUUUACUGUUAAAAACCAGACACCACCAUUAAAUGAGUCGUCUACUAUUAAAAAUAAAACACCAGUGUUAAAUACUUCAUUCACAGUAAAAAGUGAACACUCAUUGCCAAGCAAGUCAAUUACACUUGGAGGUAAUGAAACAAUUUCAAGUGAGCCCUUGACUAAAGGAAGGAAAUCAAAUAUACGAAAAUCUUCCCAAGCAGCAAAUAUGAUGGGUCCCAUGACCAGGGUCUCAACUAGUAAAUCCUCUACUAAGAUAAAGGGUAAUAGCAUAUCUGAUCAACAGAACUUGCAUGACAAAUCUAUAUCUAAAAGCACAAAUAACCCAGGGAAAAAUCCCGUGAGAACUGUUCCAACAACUACUUCAAGGAAAAGACCCUUGGAUUCCUCUAGGCAAAGUUUAAGAUAUUCCAAAGUAGAUACAAAAACCAAAAGUGAUCAAAAGAGUCUUGUUUUGGAAAAUAAUGUUACCUCUAAGUUAACCCAAGCUGUUCCUUCUAAACCGUCAUACCUUGUGAGAAAACCAGACAUGUCAUUUAACAAGUCUUUAAACAUUCCCAAAGAUGAGAAUGGGAUGGUAAAAUUCCAAGAAAAGUCCAGUGGUGUAGUCAAGAAAACUAAAUCAAGUUUGCAACUUCCUCACAGCAGAGUCCUAAAGAAACCUGCAAAUGACUCCACAACCAGUACUGCCACAGAAAACUCUUCUAGUUCCAACAUAAAACGGAAAUGUUUGAUGUCAACUCCAGUUUUGAGCUGCAAGUCAACCAGCAAGAUACCUACAUCGGGUUCUAAGGAAGUGGUGAAAUCCAAGAUGACACAGCCAUUUAAAAUACAGCAACCUCUUAUGGCAUUGAACGCCAGUAAACCUAAUGUCUCCAAUCAGGUUGCACAAAAAGGCCCGGUGAAAGCCAUCCACAAGCCAGUAGUCAAAGCUUCUGAAAAAAUCCCUGCACCAUCUUUAUCCACAAGAUCAAAAUUACCAAAACCAGCAUUUACAAGUCGUAUUCCACAGAUGAAAUAAAUUUUUUGUUACUUAAUGUUUUAAACCAAGGAUUUUGACAUGUAGGAAAAUAGAGAUCUUUAUUUUA